AAGGCUCAUACUUUUUUCCAAUUAGAAAUUCGUUCAUACGCAAUGUUUAGCUAUAUCAUACCAGAUGGCUGCAGCGAUGAUCAAUCCUCACCACAGCGUUUUCCACCUCGGAGUGUUUGUUUACAUCAUAAAAUUCGACACCAACAUCAAUCUUAAACCUUAGUAGAUAAUCGAACUUCGUCGCAGCUGCUUGGCUCAUUAGAGAAGAUAACUCGAACAACGUGAUAAGCAAAUCGAUUGCAGGAAAUUUCUAGUCAAAUGAGACUUCGGUGAACAGUGUUUGAUAGUAAGAUAGUACGGUAGGAUGAUCCUGAUUCUGCUACUCCUUGCCGCCACGGCUCUUUUCUUCAGGUGGAUCAAUGCAUAUCGAGCAAGAUACCAAUUCUGGAAGGAGCAUAAUGUUCCCCACCUGGAACCUCGUUUCCCAGUGGGUAACGCGGGAGAUAUUCUCAAGUCAACGAUCCACUUCGCGCACAUUAUGGACAAUUUGUACCGGGAGCUGAAGCAUUUUGGUGACUACGCUGGCAUUUAUUUUUUUAGGGAUCCGGUUCUGGUGGUGCUGUCACCGGAAUUUGCAAAAACUGUGUUGGUGAAGGAUUUCAACUACUUCUUGGAUCGAGGAGUUUACAGCAAUGAGAAGGAUGAUCCUUUGUCGGCCAAUUUGUUCUUCAUGGAAGGACAUAGAUGGAGAAAACUGAGAGCGAAAUUGACACCCACGUUUACGACUGGCAAACUAAAAGCCAUGUUCCAUACUAUUUUGGCAGUUGGAGAACAAUUCGAUCGAUAUUUGCAAGAUUACACGAAGCAGAAAGAUGAGGUGGAGGUGAAAGAUUUAUUGGCACGUUUCACAACGGAUAUCAUUGGAUCUUGUGCUUUUGGAAUCGAUUGUAACAGUUUGGAAAACCCGGAGUCAAAGUUCAGGCAGAUGGGGAAGAGAAUGAUCAAUUUUCCUAAGUUGAAAGCGUUGAAGAUAUUUUUUGCGAUGAUGUACCGGAAGCAGGCUCGAUGGUUGAGAAUCCGAUUCAACGAUGAAGAUGUUUCGGAUUUUUUCUUCGCAGUCGUGAGAGACACUAUUCGAUAUCGAGAGGAGAACAAUUUUGAGCGAAAGGACUUCAUGCAGCUGUUGAUAGAGUUGAAGAACAAAGGAUAUAUGGAAGAUGAUGGUGAAUACGUUGAAGAACUUCAAGGUGGCCGACUGGAGAAACUCACAUUUGAAGAAAUUGCAGCUCAAGCGUUUGUCUUCUUUUUUGCCGGGUUCGAGACAUCUGCUACCACUAUGACCUUUGCACUUCAUUUGCUGGCAUCGAAUCAAGAGGUGCAAGAUAGGGGAAGAAAAUGUGUUUAUGAAGUUCUGGAGAGACACGAUGGAAAACUAUCAUAUGAAGCAUUGAUGGAGAUGACAUACAUUGACUGCAUAAUUCAAGAAACAUUGAGAAUUUAUCCACCAGUGGCAACAAUUCACCGCAUCACCACAAAGCCUUAUAAACUCCCAAAUGGAUCUGUUCUUCCGGAAGGCGUUGGUGUUGUGAUUCCAAAUCUGGCCUUCCAACGGGACCCAGAAUUUUUCCCCGAACCGAUGCAGUUUCGUCCAGAGAGAUUCUUUGAAGAUGAAAAGGAUAAACGACAUAACUUCUGCCAUCUUCCCUUUGGAGAAGGACCACGUAUUUGUAUCGGUAUGCGGUUUGGAUUGCUACAAACAAGGAUGGGCAUUGCCAUGUUACUGAAGAACUAUCGAUUCCGAUUGUGCCCAAAGUCGGUUUUCCCACUGAAAACAGAUCCAAUCAACUUGAUCUACGGACCGGCCGGUGAUGUUUGGUUGGGAAUUGAAAAAAUCCAAUAAGAAAAAGAGACGCUUGUUUUGUUGUUAUUUUGAUUCACGCACACUUAUAUUAUUAGAUGUUCACUGGAA